UUUUUUCGAAUAUAUAAAAUUAAAACCGAACCAAAUCUCGAUCGCACUCUUCACACAAAUCACUCUUAGUUUCGUUUCAAAUUUCAACUCAAAUUUUAAUUCCAUCGAUUUUCCCUCAAUUUUUUCUUCCAAUUCUUCGUUUUCUUCUCUACGAUUCUUCCUCAAUCCUCACGCCAGCUUGUAGUUAGGGUUUUUCUACUUUCCGCUUCGAAGUUACACUCCUUCACACUCUCGUUUUGUUUUUCUUCGAUCUACCAAUUAACCGGUUACUAACUAGUCUGUUCUGUUGAAUUUCUGAUUUUCCGUGAGGUUUCGUUUUUCCCACGGUUCUCGAGCUCUUUGGUGCUCGAUUUGGUUGGUUUCGGAGAAGGUGAAAUUAGGGUUUGUAAAGAGGGGUUUUACGAAUUAGCUAUGAUUUGUGUAGUUUUAGGCGUGCUUGUGGAUGGGGAUUGAAGUUUUAGCUGAAAUUGGUGUUGAUUUUGGAGAUAGGGAAUUUUUUGAGGUGAAGUGAAUAUGUUUUACUCUCAGUUUAUUUUGGCGAAGAAAGGUCCACUUGGGACAAUAUGGAUAGCUGCACAUUUAGAGAGGAAGCUCCGGAAGAAUCAGGUGGCGGAUACUGAUAUUGGCGUCUCUGUAGAUUCCAUUCUUUUUCCUGAAGUACCAAUUGCACUCCGUUUAUCCAGUCAUCUUCUGCUUGGUGUGGUAAGGAUAUAUUCCAGAAAGGUGAAUUACCUUUUCGAUGAUUGCAGUGAAGCCUUGCUUAAGGUAAAACAAGCUUUCCGCUCCACGGCAGUUGAUUUGCCACCAGAAGAGUCCACUGCACCUUACCAUUCCAUCACUUUACCUGAGACUUUUGAUCUUGAUGAUUUUGAACUACCAGAUAAUGACAUUUUUCAAGGCAACUAUGUUGAUCGCCAUGUCAGUACUAGGGAGCAGAUUACACUGCAAGAUACUUUAGACGGCAUGGCUUACAAAACAACACAGUUUGGAUUGGAUGAGCGCUUUGGAGAUGGUGAUGCCUCUCAAAUUGGUUUAGACCUUGAUGAGGUUAUGUUAAUAGACAAAGAUUCCACUUUGGAGCACAAUGACUUCAGUGCUAAUCCUCAAGUGUCUCGUCAAGAAGAUGAAAAGAAAGAGGAUGUGGUUACAACUUCUGAUAAAAUGCUAGUAGAAGACAGUGGAAGCAAGGUCAUGUUAAUAGACCAAGAUGCCAAUUUGGAACCUGAUGACUUAGGUGCUAAUUCUCAAAUUUCUCAUCACAAAGAUGAAAAGAAAGAGGAUGUGAUUGGAACUUCAAAUAGAAUGCAAGUAGAAGACAGUGGAAGCAAAAUUGAUUUGAGUGAUGGUUUUCCGACAUCUCCUGAAUUUCAUGAAUAUGCUCAAGGUUUAUCUACUUCUCCUGAAUUUCAUGACUAUGCUCAAGAUCCAUCCACUUCUCCGGAAUUUCAUAACUGUGCUCAAGAUCCAUCCGUGUCUCCUGAAUUUCAUGAAUAUGCUCAAGGUCCAUCUACUCCAGGACUCCAAGAGCCAAACUUAUUUGGUACUCAGUCGGAUCAGGUCAUUAAUGAAGCUGAUUUUCAUAAUUCAGCAGAUUUAUUAUCAAUGUAUUCAACGCAAAAUGAAUCCCGUGCUCAUCAAACUGAGAACAAUGUAAUUGGUUGCUCCUUGCAAAAUAAUGGGAAGCAUGUUGGUGUAGAUUUGCAUCAUGAGGCUAGUGACUGUGUUCUGGCUGAUGUGAAUAACAAAAGAGAGGAACAAGAACAUUUCACUCGUACAGUUGUGAUGAAGGAUCAAGGAAAUUUGAUACCUAAUAAUAAUUGCUUGGCAUCAGUACCCUUGAUGGACUCCUCCAAUGAAGACCACACGACCACCGUGUUACCAGAAUGUGCAGGUGGAUAUGUUGAUACUUCUGGUAUACUUGAAAAGGUGGAAAGGUUGCAUGAUGGAGUUCUGAUGAAUACUGAAUCAGUUAUGGCCAAUUUGAAUGAAACUGUUAAUGUUGUUUCUGGAGGCGUCAACAUCAAUGAUUCUGGUGUGUCUCCUAGCUGUUCUCAUGUUACAUCUGAUCAAGAGGGCCUCUCAUGUAAACUGUUGUCUAACAUGGAUGAAUCUCGUGGUUCUGAAUUUGGUGGUCAUUUGGCAGAUGUUACCACAUUGUUAAAGCACGGCGUUUCAAAUAAUAGUGAAGUUUCCAAGAAUGAGCAGCAACCCAGCGUGGCUUAUGAGGCUCAAGUAUCCAAUAUUGUAAGUCCUCUAGAGUCAUCUGGUAGACCUGAAGUUGUUGAUGUGGAAGCUCGUGCAUCUCAGGAACUGAAGGAAGCAGGUAUUUUAAACUUUGUAUCUCAUGAAGCUGAGCAGCCCACCCAGUCGCACCUUCGGCCAUGCACUUCCCGUGUAAACAAUCCUUCUCUGUUAUCUAUUGAAGGUGAAAAAUGUCAUGAAACUGAUGUUUCAGAUCCUGCUUUGGGUUAUCAUGGAACUGUAGAGCCAUCUGCUUGUGAAGGAAAGUUGGACUUGGGGCAAUCAGGCAUGCAAUUUGGGAGUCAGAUAAUAAGUAAUAAAAUGGGAAGUGUAAACACAUUUACUGCUUCUGACAUACCUGAGCCUGAAAGCAUGCUCUCCUUGGGGCAAUCAGGCAUGCAAUUUGGGAGUCAGAUUAUAAGUAAUAAAAUGGGAAGUGUAAACACAUUUACUGCUUCUGAUAUACCUGAGCCUGAAAAAAUGCUCUCCUUGGGGCAAUCAGGCAUGCAAUUUGGGAAUCAGAUGAUAAGUAAUAAAAUGGGAAGUGUAAACACAUUUACUGCUACUGACAUACCUGAGCCUGAAAAAAUGCUCUCCUUGGGACAAUCAGGCAUGCAAAUUGGGAAUCAGAUGAUAAGUAAUAAAAUGGGAAGUGUAAACACAUUUACUGCUACUGACAUACCUGAGCCUGAAAAAAUGCUCUCCUUGGGGCAAUCAGGCAUGCAAUUUGGGAAUCAGAUGAUAAGUAAUAAAAUGGGAAGUGUGAACACAUUUACUGCUACUGACAUACCUGAGCCUGAAAAAAUGCUCUCCUUGGGGCAAUCAGGCAUGCAAUUUGGGAAUCAGAUGAUAAGUCAUAAAAUGGGAAGUAUAAACACAUUUACUGCUACUGACAUACCUGCGCCUGAAAAAAUGCUCUCCUUGGGGCAAUCAGGCAUGCAAUUUGGGAGUCAGAUGAUAAGUAAUAAAAUGGGAAGUGCAAACCCAUUUACUGCUUCUGACAUACCUGCACCUGAAAAAAUGCUCUCCUUGGGGCAAUCAAGCAUGCAAUUUGGGAAUCAGAUGAUAAGUAAUAAAAUGGGAAGUGUAAACACAUUUACUGCUUCUAACAUACCUGAGCCUGAGAAAAUGCUCUCCUUGGGGCAAUCAAGCAUGCAAUUUGGGAAUCAGAUGAUAAGUAACAAAAUGGGAAGUGUAAACACAUUUACUGCCUCUGAGAUACCUGUGCCUGAAAAAAUGCUCUCCUUGGGUCAAUCAGACAUGCAAUAUGGGAGUCAGAUGAUAGGUAAUAAAAUGGGAAGUGUAAACGCAUUUACUGCCUCUGACAUACCUGCGCCUGAAAAAAUGCUCUCCUUGGGUCAAUCAGACAUGCAAUAUGGGAGUCAGAUGAUAGGUAAUAAAAUGGGAAGUGUAAACACAUUUACUGCUUCUAACAUACCUGAGCCUGAGAAAAUGCUCUCUUUGGCUUAUCCACAUUUUGGUGAGAUGAAUCAUUUGCUGCUGGAGUCUACUCCUGGCAAUCAGGUUAUAUCUGGAGGUCAUAGAGAUGUUGCAGCAGUAACAUCAAUAUCUGGUCAAAAGCGCAGCUACACAGAAAGUACUCUUACAUUGCAGAGCAUGGGUUUAGUUGAAUCAUAUGGUGGGGCUCAGUCCAGAAGAACUACCGGAUCCAUUCCGGAUGAUAAUGAUCUAUUGUCUUCAAUAUUAGCUGGCAGAAAAUCUUCAGCUUUAAAAGUUAAACCAAGUCCAGCAACCGCUGAAGUACCAACAGCAAAGCGGUUUCGUUCUACACCACGAACUAGUACCUUAAAGAGGAAGGUGCUUGUGGAUGAUACGAUGGUCUUGCACGGCGAUACAAUACGCCACCAAUUGAUAAGUACUGAAGAUAUUCGGCGUGUACGGAAAAAAGCUCCUUGCACAAGCGAUGAGAUUUUAAUGAUUCAGAGACAGGUUUUGGAGGAUAAAAUUUUCCAUAAACCAAUAUUUACAGAUUUGUCUGCUGAUUUGACUAUUCUGCAAAACGGGGCAUUUGAUCUGAGUGGAAUCAAGGUUUAUGAUUAUGGCUUAGAUGGUUUUUCCGUGGAAAAAGUAAACAAUCAACAGUCCUAUUCUAAAUCAAAUGCUGAGAUUCAUGUGGGGCAAGCACAUAAUGAGCCUAUGGCAGUCCAACCCCAAGAGGAGGCUGAAGAGUCUUAUUCUAAAACGAAUGUUGGGAUUCAUGAGGUGGAAUCACAUAAUGAGCCUAUGGAAGUCCAGCUCCAAAAUAAUGCUGAAGCCCAACCUUCUGAGAUGCCUGUUCCGUCUGAGAGGGAAUCACACAAUGAAACUAUGGAAGUCCAACCCCAAAUAACUGCUGAAGCCCAGCCUUCUGAGAUGCCUGUUCCGUCUGAGAGGGAACCACACAAUGAAACUAUGGAAGUCCAACCCCAAAUAACUGCUGAAGCCCGACCUUCUGAGAUGCCUGUUCCGUCUGAGAGGGAAUCACACAAUGAAACUAUGGAAGUCCAACCCCAAAUAACUGCUGAAGCCCAACCUUCUGAGAUGCCUGUUCCGUCUGAGAGGGAAUCACACAAUGAAACUAUGGAAGUCCAACCCCAAAUAACUGCUGAAGCCCAACCUUCUGAGAUACCUCUUCAGUUGGAGAGUGAUCAGUCUGGAGUUGACUUUGGAUCUCAUGAUAUUGACGCUCAUGGGCGUGCAAAUAUUAUAUCAAACAUGAAGGAGCUUAGCGGUUCUCAAAAUGCUGAAAUGAACAAUGCUGGGGGGAUUUUUGAGAUUUCUGAAACAGAGAAUUACUCUGUUGGGCCUACAAAUAUUAUAUCAGAUGUAAAUGAGCUUGGUAGUUCUCAAAAUGCUGAAAUGAACAAUGCUGGACGAAUUUUCGAGACUUCUGAAGCAGAAAAUUACUCUAUUGUGCAUUCAAAUAUUAUAUCAGAUGUAAAUGAGCUUGGUGGUUCUCAAAAUGCUGAAAUGAACAAUGCUGGACGAAAUUUCGAGACUUCUGAAGCAGAAAAUUACUCUAUUGUUCAUUCAAAUAUUAUAUCAGACGGAAAUGAGCUUGGUAGUUCUCAAAAUGCUGAAAUGAGCAAUUCUGGUGGAAAUUUUGAGACUUUUGAAUCAGAGAAUUACUCUGUUGUCCCUGGGCAUGAAACUUUAUCACUAACUGAAGUUUUUGAAAAUGAGCUAUGUAUGCCAAAAGAUUUUGAUGCAUCGCAGCCUCUCAUGGAUAAAACGGAUGAUGGUGCUGGUUCUAUCCAAACAAAUGUGCUGGAGAUUCCAACUUCCGAGAAAAUGAAUACAUCUACUAUUCUAGAAAAUGAGUUUGUGGAUGAUCAACAUGAUAGAAACAAUGCAGAUGCUAUUGAAAUUGCAGAGCAUGACAUGGAAAUUGGAACACGAGUUGAAACAGAUGGCUUGGAAGCUGAUAAUUUACAUGCAUCCUUGGUUCUUGGCUCUAAGGAAGCUAGUGAAUAUACUGACAACCAGGUAUCCUUCCAUGGAGACCUACCUAUGGAGGAAAAUGGGAACAACAUGCUAGAAGGCUUAAAUGAGGAUCUAGUUGUUUCUUCUGGCUUGGGAUGUGAUGACAAGGAUGCAAAGGCUGGCGGCUUAUUUAGUGAAAAUAUUGAAGUAGAUUGUUUACAUUCUGUAGCACCUGAGGAUGUAAAAGAAGGUUCUAAUGAUGAGGAAAACUCAGUCUUUCAAGAAGCUGCAUUACAAAAUACAAUGUAUCCUGAUGUCUCAGCUAUUAGGAGUCCUUCUGUGGAUCAGAAUGAUGAAGACGAUAUGGUCGACAAUGAUACAGGAUUUUUGAAUGUUGGAGAUGAUGAGAUAAUUGAUGACGAUGAUGACGAUGCUGAUGGUUUUGCACCGGGUGCUGAAGGAACACAGCUAGAAAAUAGUGGAUGGUCUUCUCGAACCAGGGCUGUUGCGAAGUAUCUUCAGACCUUGUUUGAUAAGGAGGAUCUACAUGGAAGGCAGAGCCUGCAUCUUGACAAAAUAUUGGUGGGUAAAACACGGAAAGAAGCAUCAAGGAUGUUUUUUGAAACACUGGUUCUCAAGACAAGGGAUUAUAUUGAUGUAGAACAGACAAAACCCUUUGCCAAUAUUAACUUACAACCUCGAGGGAAGCUUAUGAAGACAGAUUUCUGAAACCUCACCUAGGAGUGGCUGAUAUAGAGGUAAAGAUCCACGCGGUGAUAGCUUGGAUUGAAUCUGCAGGGUUGGGAUAAUCUUUUCAACAUCACUCCCCUAUUUUAGUUAUGGUUUUUCAUUAAAAUAUAUUUUUUUGGGGAUAGAAUUUAGCCGAUUAAUUUUACCUCUUGAAUGGUUGGGGGUUGAAGUGUCUCAUGUAUCAUUUCAUCCUAUUGAUUAUUCUAGGUUUUAAUGUAUAUUAUUGUAAAAAUAUAUCACCAUUUGUAGCUUACUGGUGCUAAUAUGUAAUGUGUUUAAAAACACAUCCCUCCAUGCAAGAAUUCAGUUUUAUCUAGGCUUCUAGUUUCUUUUACUGAAAGUGCGUUGUACCUUAUAUACCAGUUGGUGGAUACGGAUCAUCAUGUCUUACCCAUGUAUUUGUAUAGUAUAACCGUGUAGUUUGUUAUUAUACUCUGUAUACUUUAUAAAGGCAAUUAACGUAGUAUUGUGUUGCCCUCAA